GAAGCAGAGAAAGAAACAGGAAGGAGCUCCAUUAAGACUUCCUCUCUGUUCAAACACAACCCCGAAAUACCUGAGCUGCUCAGACCGACCGUCUGUCAGCUGAAGGAGAAAAUCUUCACCUCCGAAUCAUUUUCAGACCUGCAGCUGCAUCCUCACCUGGUGGCGACACUGAACAAAGUCCUGAAUGUUUCCACACUGACCAGCGUUCAGAAACAGACGAUUCCCGUUCUCAUGUCCGGAUCAGACGCUGUCGUCCGAUCUCAGACGGGUUCAGGGAAAACUCUGUGUUACGCUGUUCCGGUGGUUCAGAGUCUGCAGAAGAUUCAGCCCAAAGUGCAACGCUCAGACGGUCCUCUGGCUGUCGUCAUCGUCCCCACCAGAGAGUUGGCUCAGCAGACCUUCCUGACUUUCCAGAAGCUCGUGAAGCCGUUUACCUGGAUCGUCCCUGGUGUUCUGAUGGGAGGAGAGAAGAGGAAGGCAGAGAAGGCCAGGCUCCGUAAAGGCAUCAACAUCCUGGUUUCCACUCCUGGACGUCUGGUGGAUCACAUCAAAAACACCCUGAGCAUCGCAUUCAGUGCCGUCCGCUGGCUCAUCCUGGACGAGGCCGACCGGACGUUGGACCUGGGCUUUGAGAAGGAUCUAACCGUCAUAUUAAACAGUCUGAACUCCACCGGACCGAGCAGACAGAACGUCCUGCUGUCUGCUACACUAACACAAGGUGUGACUCGGUUAGCGGACGUGUGUCUCAACGAGCCGGUCAGCAUCCACGUGUCCGGUCCCGCCUCCUCUGACCUCACCGCCGCCGCCGCCGUGACCUCUGACCUCGGCCCAGCCGGCCAAUCAGAGAGCUUUGCUGUGCCGGAGGCUCUGAAGCAGUUUGUGGUUGUUGUUCCCAGUAAGAUCAGACUGGUCUGUCUGGCUGCUUUCAUACUGGACAAGUGCAAGUUCUCUCAGGAGAACAAACUGAUCGUGUUCGUUUCGAGCUGCGAGGCCGUUGAGUUCCUCCACUCUCUCUUCUCCUCCGUCCUCUGCGGGCCGUCGGCCAAUCGCGGGGCUCCGCUCGAGUUCCUGCGUCUCCACGGUAACAUGAAGCAAGAGGAGCGCUCAGAGGUUUUCCAGAAGUUCUCAGUGUCUCGGUCCGGAGUUCUGCUCUGUACGGACGUAGCAGCCAGAGGUCUGGACCUGCCGCAGGUCACCUGGAUCGUCCAGUACACUCCUCCUUCAGCAGCAGCAGAGUACGUUCACCGUGUCGGUCGAACCGCUCGUAUCGGAGGAAAAGGAAGCGGCCUCCUCUUCCUCACUCCCGCUGAGACCGCCUACAUCACGGAGCUGGCCAAUCACAACAUCAGCCUAUCAGAGAUGAAGCUGUUGGAAAUCCUGUCCAGUCUGAUGAUGGACGACACCUACAAGGGGCGGGGCAAAUACCACAGCAAGAGUUCAUCUAAAGCUCUGGAGCAGGAGACCAGAGAGAGAGCGACCGUCCUGCAGACUGAGUUUGAGAACUUUGUUCAUGCUGAUUCUGAGUCAGUGCAGACGGCAAAGAAAGCUCUGCAGUCCUUCCUCAGAGCGUACACUGCGUACCCCUCUCAGCUCAAACACAUCUUCCACAUCCGUUCCCUCCACCUGGGUCACACCGCUAAGAGCUUCGGCCUCAGAGACGCUCCGCAGGGUCUGAACCAGAACCAGAAGAAGAACCAGAACAAGUCAAACAAGCAGACGGCCGGAGAGAAGAAGUUCUCUCCUGGUCAGAGGAGGCCCAACCUGUUCCGCUCUGAGUUCUCCAGCGGGUUGGAGGAAGGAAACGCCAAGAAAAAGAAGAAUAAGAAGAGAAAGAAGACAGUUUAUGAUUCAGGCGAGGAAGAGGAGGAGUAGAG